CUCCUCACUAAAUAUCUCAAUUCACCUAACUUGUCUCUAAGUUCAUAUAAGGUUGUAUUCAGUUGUCAACAACAAUCAAAGCAAGAGACGAAGAAAAACAGAGGAAAAAAAAAAAGAUAAUUCUUUUUGAGUUCUUGAAAUACUUGUUUUAUUUUGUGUUUUUACAAUUUGAGAAAGGAAAUGAAGCGAAAGUUCCAUGCUUUUAUGUUCCCCUGGUUUGCUUUUGGUCAUAUGAUUCCUUUUCUACAUCUUGCAAACAAACUAGCUGAGAAAGGUCACCGGGUUACUUUCUUGCUACCUAAGAAAGCUCAAAAACAGUUGGAACAUCACAACUUGUUCCCAGACAGUAUUGUCUUUCACCCUCUCACAAUUCCUCCUGUCAAUGGCCUCCCUGCUGGUGCCGAGACAACCUCGGAUAUCCCAAUCUCGAUGGACAACUUCUUGUCCGAAGCCUUGGAUCUCACUCGCGAUCAGGUUGAAGCUGCGGUUCGUGCUUUGAGACCGGACAUGAUCUUCUUCGAUUUUGCUCAAUGGGUUCCAGAAAUGGCUAAAGAGCAUAUGAUCAAGAGUGUGAGUUACAUCAUCGUAUGUGCGACAACUAUAGCUCAUACACAUGUCCCUGGUGGUAAAUUAGGUGUUCCUCCAUCAAGUUAUCCUUCAUCGAAGGUGUUCUUCCGUGAAAACGAUGCUCAUGCCUUAGCAACCUUGUCGAUCUUUUACAAGAGACUUUAUCAUCAGAUCACUACAGGUCUUAAGAACUGUGAUGUCAUUGCAAUGAGGACCUGCAAAGAAAUAGAAGCGGUUAAGCCACCGAGAGGAUCAUCAACGGUCCAAGAAGGGUUACCACAAGGGUUCGAGGAGCGAGUAAAAGGUCGUGGUGUGGUUUGGGGAGGGUGGGUACAACAACCAUUGAUAUUGUCUCAUCCAUCAAUAGGUUGCUUUGUGAACCAUUGUGGUCCCGGAACAAUAUGGGAGUCUUUGGUGAGUGAUUGCCAAAUGGUUUUGAUUCCAUUUUUAAGUGAUCAAGUUCUCUUCACAAGAUUGAUGACCGAGGAAUUCGAGGUCUCUGUAGAAGUGUAUAGGGAAAAAACAGGAUGGUUUUCAAAGGAGAGCUUGAGCAAUGCGAUCAAGUCUGUGAUGGAUAAAGACAGUGACCUCGGGAAGCUAGUGAGGAGUAACCACACCAAGUUGAAGGAGAUUUUGGUUAGUCCGGGAUUAUUGACCGGUUACGUGGAUAACUUUGUAGAGGCAUUGCAAGAGGAUUUGAUCUGAUUAUGUUGAAGAUGUUGAUGAUAAUAAUUUUCAAAGUAUAAUUGAAAGGGGAAAUAAUAUAUUUGAUAUUAUAAUAAAAUAAUGAGUGAUUAAGAGAGAGUUGAACAAAGUUAUGGUUAAGAGAGUGUUGAUUAAAUUAGUGGUUAAGAUUGUAAAAUAGCUUAGGAAAUAUUUUUGUAACUUUGGGUCAUCUAAUUUGAAAAGAAAGGAGGAUAAAUAGAAGAACAAUGACAAAGAUUAUUAAUAUGUAGUUUGAAAAACUA